AUGCCGGACCAAUCCUCGGUGCUCUUCGUUUGUCUGGGCAACAUCUGCCGGUCCACCAUGGCCGAGGGCGUGUUCCAAUCGCUGGCAAAGAAGCCGCCAUAUGAGGGUCUCAUUGGGAAGAUUGAUUCGUGCGGAACAGGUGCCUACCAUGUCGGGGAGGAGCCAGACGACCGAACCAUGUCGACCCUCGAAGACCACGGAAUCACAGACUACGUCCAUUGUGCUCGCAAGGUCGAUGAUUCCGACUUCGACAAGUUCGACUACAUCUUCGCAAUGGACCGCGGCAAUCUUGAGGAUCUCCGGCGCAUCCAGCGGCGCAAGCCCAACAGCAAGGCCAGAGUCAUGCUCUUCGGCGAAUACUCGGGCACUGGUAAGGCGGAGGUCAUCAGCGAUCCGUAUUAUGGCGGCAAACAGGGGUUCGAGAAGGCGUACGAGCAGGCGAUGCGGUUCUCGUUGAACUUCCUACAGGAUGUGUUCCCAGACGUGGAGCCUCCGAAGCCAUGA